AUCAAAAUCUUAUCUUUCACAUAAAAGGAUUCAGCCAUGUUUAGAUCCUUGACUACUCGGAGAGGCCCUGGAAGGUAUGAGAGAUUAGGUAAAGAAUCUGCUUCCACUGCACUUUUGAAUGAAGGGUUCAAGAGGAGCACAAGUUUGCCUUCUCGAGCAUCAAGUUCUUCAAGAAAAAUGGCUCUAGGUUCAACCUUUGGGGACAUCAAUCUACAAAGAAACCCAACAAAGAAGGGUAAUAAUAGCAACAAGAAGAGUCACCCACUCCUUAGUUUCUUGGAUCUUCGUAGGAAAAAGAAAACAACAGCUAAGCCUGAAUUUGCAAGGUAUCUUGAGUAUCUCAAGGAAGGAGGCAUGUGGGAUAUGAAUUCCAAUCAGCCUGUGAUCUAUUACAAAUGA